UAUAAAAAUUAUAAACCAUCGCGUUAAUGAGAUAUUAAAAUAUCUUUAUAUUCCCGGUACGGGUUUCAGUCCGGGUCCGGGAACGGGGUACAAGAUUUACCUACCACCGCAUUUUAGUUUCGGUCAGGCACGUCUGAACCCCUCAAUCUAAACGUGCCAAAUUUUCCUGAGAUCAGCCUCGGUGCAGAUCUGUACCUGUCGUUUUCUUUACAGGUUCAACCGUUUCAACCGGUAACGCGAAUGUACCCAUGUAGCUACAUGUAAUCUUAUCGAACACACCCAGGAACCGGAUUCUACUAAUGGGAGAUAACGCAGAACAUUUUUGGCGCGCAAAAUAUCAGUUUUAGUUACUGACUACAGACAAGCUACAUGUAACUGAUGUGGCAAAGAGGGAGAGAUGUGUGUGUCCCAGCUGGCCGGCCUCUGUAACCUCGAUGGACACACUGAUGAAGAAUGUGUACGCGUUUGCUGACAUAGUACGCCAGGCAGGCGGCGAUGCUAUCACUCGCUGGAAUGACAAAUCUGUUAACAAUGCAUUUAACUGGGCCAGUUACUGUCAAAGGGUUUACCAUGAGACAGUUGGGCGACCAUACCGGGCUGAGCUGGACAGACACAUCAAGGCCUUGUCUCUGUAUAUGCCCAGUCCUUGUUGUGUGGACCUGAGCCUGAAUGCCCUGCAGCAUGCUGACAUACUUAUCACACAGACCCUGGUAGACAAUCCUUUGCUGCCUGCUAGACUACUGGAGUGUAUUGUUGACACAUGUGUUAAAUCUGAGGCUAGCCUGGAUUCUCUUGUGAAGCAGGUGUGUGGUGAGAGUUGUGAGAACAGUAUUGUUGUCCACACCUUGGAGGAAAUUCUUGACCACCUUGGAGUGUCCAGUGAGGAUUGUAGACUAGAGAGCCAGGCGGAAAUACUGCUGACCAUUCUUACAUCACAAUACCAGUAUUCCAACAAUAAGGAGAGAUACCAGCUGUUUGUAUCAGGUGUUUUGAAGCAUCUUACCAGUCACAGUGAUGGAUGGAGAAUCCUGAGACAACUAAUGUGCACUGGGCAAGAGGGUAAAUGUUUGAAGGAAACCAAGUCUGAGGAAAGCUUACUGACUAGGAAGGAAAGACACCUCACUCACUCCAAUGUAGACAGCAGGACUGAACGUCCUUCUCUCGAAGAUGUCCAAGAAAUGGUGAACUGGUGGGUCACGGAAAACCAAGUUUGACUCCAACUGAAAGACUCCAACUGAGUUGACAGAUAAAUUAAUAUGUUUGUAAAAGACAAUCAAGGGUAUACUAAAAGAUGUGUUCAGAAUGUCAUUAUACAUAGAGUAGAUUUUGUCAAUGGACUGAGCCAAUAUCAAAAGCAAUGCUGUUUACACCCAAUCAAAGGAAGCUGUGUACUGUUAAUACCACAUCUAUGUUUACGGUUUACUCUUUAAACCCAGUUGAAGGCUUGAUGUAUACUCUCUACAUCCAGUUGAGGUUCACCACUGUAGACUGUAAUGGUUUUAUCCAGAUCAAUACUUGGUAGAGUUUAUUGAAGUUAUAUAGGGGUGAAAAGGUUAAAGUCAUGUUGAGUGUUGAUGCCAGCACUUUACACAAAGUGGAGGGGUGCAUGGUAUCUACUCUAUUCACCCAAUCUAGGGUUGGUUUAACCCUUUGCACCCAGGCUCACAGUUGAGGAUGGAUGUGAACUCAAGUAAUGAGAUAUCACUCUUCUUGCAAUGAGCUUACUUCAGGGUUACAGAAUUCAGUUGUGUCACUUGCCUGAAAACACCCUUGUAUUUCCUGAUAUCCCUCGAUUCAAGGAAUUUACAAUGAUUUACUGUGAUACCAAUGUUCCGAAAGAGGAUUUUACAAUGUUGAUAAAUGUUUGUUGAUGACAUUGUUUUGUUAUUUGUGCUUUGAUUAAAUUUAAGUUUAUGA